UUGUUUGCUGCAUUAUGGAGUAUAUAUAAAAGAUCCUACCGCGUGGUUCCCAUCACUGCCGGCAGGUCAGCCAUUGAAUCUUCGCAUCGACUUUGGCCUCGUCCCCCCAUCAUUCAUCAUGUCGCUGUCCGCUCGUCAUAUCCAGGACUUCAGCACCGCGAGCGAAGUUGAGCCGCACUGGGGCUAUGCCGACCGUAUUGUCCCCUGCACCAACGACCCAGGCUCCUGCGAAUAUUUGGAUGCCGUUUACCAUGGCCACGACGUGGGCAUGUACUACACCGGCAUCAUCUGGGCCACGAUAGGCGGUAUCCUCCUCAUCUGGGCAAUUGGACGUCAUUUCCUGCGCACACACCCAGCGGGUGUUCAGCUGCCACAGGAUGGAGAAGGCAUCCACGCCAAAAAGAGCGCUCUCCAGCGAUUACCGCUUGCUGCUUCGUCGUAUGCCCGCCGUUAUUUACUGCCGGAUGCGUCCAGGGCUCUUUUUGGCCGUGUAACCCGCACUCAGGUCCUGACUCUGCUGGUGCUUUGCGGAUACCUCACCAUCUGGACCUUUGUGGGUAUCGUCUACAAGAAAUGGGUUACGCCUGUCAAGAAAAUGCCUGGUGUAUACAACACGCGCACGGGACUCGGACCCUGGUCUGACAGAAUAGGUGUCAUCGCUUAUGCUUUGACCCCACUGUCGAUUAUGCUGUCUAGUCGUGAAUCUAUCCUGUCUCUCGUUACUGGCCUGCCUUAUCAGAGCUUCAAUUUCCUCCACAGAUGGCUAGGCUAUGUUAUCUUUGUCCAGUCGACCCUUCAUACCAUUGGCUGGUUGAUUAUUGAGUUGCGACUAUACCAGCCUCAACCCACUGUUGCUAUAGAAUGGGUCAACCAGCUCUACAUAAUUUGGGGUAUUGUCGCUAUGAUCAUCCUCUUGGCUCUCGUCGUCUUAUCCACGCCAUGGGGCAUCCGCAUGACAGGCUAUGAGGUUUUCCGUAAACUACACUACAUCCUCGCCAUGGUCUAUAUUGGCGCCUGCUACGGCCAUUGGGAGCAGCUCAAAGUCUUCCUCAUUCCUGGUCUGAUUGUCUGGUUCCUCGAUCGUGCUAUUCGGCUUGGAAGGACUGCACUAUUGCACUACAACUUCCUGCCUUCCGGUCAUAUGGGUUUCGGCGCAGUCCCUGCAAACGUAACUUUCUUCGGCGAUGAGAUCAAUGGCCACGUGAUUCGUCUCGACUUUGACCACGCCCACGACGCCUGGGCCGUUGGUCAGCAUUUCUACAUUACUUUCCCUGAGAGUACCAUCUGGCAGUCUCACCCCUUCACCCCACACAGCCUCCCCAUCUACGGUGCCGACACACAGCGCCACUCUUACAUCUUCCGUGCCAAGCAGGGUGAAACUCGCAAGAUUGCCGAACUCUCAGCGAAACGCCUCAUAUCUGCCCCAGAAAACUCCGUCAACGGAUCCAAAUCCGACAACAAACUCAAAGUCCUCCUAACUGGUCCCUACGGUGAGCACACCGUGAGCGACCUCGCUCCGGAGACCAAUGUUCUCUGCAUUGCCGGAGGCACUGGAAUCACAUACGUACUCCCUGUCCUCCUAGACAUCGCAUCCCGUCCACAACCCCGCGAUCGCAAGAUCUCUCUUAUCUGGGUCGUGCGUCGGCGCCGCGAUAUCGACUGGGUGGCACCUGAACUCGCCACUCUGAAGCGAAAGUGCAAAGCCCUCCGCGCCGGCAUCCACAUCUACGUCACACGUGCUGCCGAAGAUGCCUCGCACGAUCCUACUGUUCCCGCCAUCUCCGAGAAAGCUACCAAGAAUGCUUGCGCUACCGACAUUGAGGUUGCGGGGUCAUCCUCUGAUUCAUCGUCCGCAUCAGUCUCAUCGGCGCUUUCUGUGCAUGGUGUGGCUAAGGCUGAUAUGGCUGUUGAUCAUAUCCAAGCCAGGCCAGAUCUGCAUGCUGCGGUUGGAGAUUUCGUGGCAGGGACGGUAAUGGGAUCGACAGAUGUUUUCGCGUCUGGCCCCGGAGGCAUGAUUAGCGAGUUGAGGAGUAUCGUAGCGGGUUUGAACAGGGGUGGUGAUGUGUGGAGGGGCGACGAUAGAGGAAGCGUCAAGCUUACUUGUGAUGACCGGUUGGAAUGGUAG